CUUCCGGUAUCCGGGUACCAGCCUUCUUUGGUAAGGUUUACCAAACUGACAGCCGGUUGCUAGCGAGUUAGCCAACCGCUAAGAGGAGUUGGAACAACAUCUAAACGAUAUCAAAGUUAGCUACCUGCAGCUAAGUAUUUAUGGUGGUGUGUAGUUGGCUAUCGUAGAUUAGCCAACGUCAGCUGGAGAGGGAGUUCUCCCUGAAUGACUGACUCGAAGUGUGUGUGGCUAGCUAGCGAAGAGGAGGGUGGGGACGAAAACUUCCAAGACCUCGCCCAGCCGUUGCUUCAUUCCAGCAGGCAGCUACUCUCUUAGCGGUGUGAGAGAUCCACACCACCAAAUCAGCUAAUUAUUCAAGUGGAGACCGGCACAGUUGUGUCAACUGAGUGCAAAAAUUAGUGAUCAUGUUCAGGAAAAACUUGAAAAAAGACCCCGAGCUGUUUCAAAACGUGUCGGAUGGGCUGCGGCGGCUCUAUCGGACCAAACUGUUCCCCUUGGAGGACACGUAUCGAUUCCACGAUUUCCACUCUCCUGCACUCGAAGAUGCCGACUUCGAUAACAAGCCUAUGGUCCUCCUGGUGGGUCAGUACUCCACCGGGAAGACCACCUUCAUCCGACACCUCAUGGAACAGGACUUCCCCGGUAUGCGGAUUGGCCCCGAGCCGACCACGGACUCUUUUAUCGCCGUGAUGCACGGUGAACAAGAGGGGGUGAUACCGGGUAACGCUCUGGUCGUCGACCCCAAGAAGCCUUUCCGGAAACUCAACGCCUUUGGUAACGCGUUCCUCAACAGGUUCAUGUGUGCCCAGAUGCCUAACCCCGUCCUGGAGAGCAUCAGUAUCAUCGAUACUCCUGGAAUCCUGUCUGGGGAGAAACAGAGGAUAAGCAGAGGCUAUGAUUUCGCUGCAGUGCUGGAGUGGUUUGCAGAGCGCGUGGACCGUAUCAUCCUCCUGUUUGACGCCCACAAGCUGGACAUCUCCGACGAGUUCUCCGAGGUGAUCCGAGCACUGAAGAACCAUGAAGACAAAAUGCGUGUAGUGCUGAACAAAGCCGACCAGAUCAGCACUCAGCAGCUCAUGAGGGUCUAUGGAGCUCUGAUGUGGUCUUUGGGAAAAAUCAUCAACACGCCUGAGGUUGUGCGCGUAUACAUUGGAUCAUUCUGGGCCCAGCCCCUAUUGGUCCCUGACAACAGGAAGUUGUUUGAAGCAGAGGAGCAGGACUUGUUCUUGGACAUCCAGUCGUUGCCACGUAACGCAGCGCUACGCAAACUCAAUGACCUCAUCAAACGAGCUCGCCUCGCCAAGGUUCAAGCCUACAUUAUCAGCUCUCUGAAAAAGGAAAUGCCGAGUGUCUUUGGAAAGGACUCCAAGAAGAAGGAGUUGAUAGCCAACCUGGGAGAGAUCUACCAUAAGAUUGAGAAGGAUCACCAGAUCUCACCUGGAGACUUCCCCAACCUUGCCAAGAUGCAGGAGCUGCUGAAUGGCCAGGACUUCUCUAAGUUUUCAGCACUGAAGCCCAAGCUGCUGGAGGCGGUGGAGGACAUGCUGGCCAAUGACAUCGCCCGUCUCAUGGCCAUGGUGCGUCAGGAAGAGGCCUCCAUGCCCAGCCAGUCUGUCAAGGGUGGAGCCUUUGAGGGAACCAUGAGUGGUCCCUUUGGUCAUGGCUAUGGAGAGGGCGCUAGCGAAGGCAUCGACGAGCUGGAGUGGGUGGUGGGUCGUGACAAGCCUACAUAUGAUGAGAUCUUCUACACCCUCUCUCCCAUCAAUGGCAAAGUGUCGGGUGCCGCAGCCAAGAAGGAGAUGCUAAAGUCCAAGCUGCCCAACACGGUUCUGGGAAAGAUCUGGAAGCUAGCAGACGUGGAUAAGGAUGGCCUCCUUGAUGAUGAGGAGUUUGCCCUAGCCAACCACCUGAUCAAGGUGAAGCUGGAAGGCCACGAGCUCCCGCCCACGCUGCCAGAUCACCUGGUGCCGCCGUCCAAACGUGGGACAGUCCAGGAUGACUAGAGGAUGAUGGAGCAGCCUGUGAAGACCGGCCUUGUCAAUGCUUUGCAUCAUGUUCAGGACUCUCCAGACAAUAGUCCAACCACAGGCAUGAACAGCAUCAUCCAGCUCCAUCAAGCUGCGAGUCUCCAGGCAUCCUGACACACCAUGAGGAGGUAUCGCUGUGAUCUUUUUCACCAGAAAGAGACUGGAGGGUUUCAGGGGGUGGGAGGAAGGGAAUUCCAUUUUUGUGCAUUAGGGGAUGUUUAGAGAUCUAUUAGAAAUAAACAGGGUGGGAGGGCGGGCGUGAUUUACAAACUAACUAAUGAAAGGACUUCAGUAGUUCAUGAUCUGAUGGGUAGUUGGAGGUUGCAUGGGGUUGUUGAACACGGAUUUGUGCAUCCAGUGUAAAAGAUGUCUUAUAAGUAUACAGUCCAUAUUAUUAUUAUACAGUAUGUUGAUCCAAAGAAAUAUGUUUUGUUGGUUUUUUUUUUGCCAUUUGGAGAGAAAAAGAGGAAAUAAAUCGAAACAACUGUUAGAAUUGUUUUAUCUCUAUUUUUGUAUUUCCUAUUUGUUAACUUUGACUCUUUCCAAAGGCUUCCCUUUUCAUUAUUUUGCCAGAUAAAUAAAAAGAAAUACUGUACCAUCUGA